CUACACAAAUAGCGUUUAUCUUUCCUCGCCCUGCUAUGCAAACAUAUCUUUGCAAUCUCACCAUGGUUGGCUACACCUCAUGCCAUUUUCAAGUGUGCGAAAAAAAAAAAAAAAUUGCAUCAUCCAUUUAAGCGCUCCUUUGGAAAAAUAAAACCCCAAAUAAAAGCUAACCCUUCGGGUGACAAAUCAUGUAAACAAGGAGUUAACAAAUUUAGAAAAAAAUGGGGAGUUAGCAUUUGAAGGGAAAAAUCGAAUGGGACUCACAUGACACCUCCAAUUGGGUCCCUAAGUUCACUUGCGGAAGAGGGAGAGCGGCAUGCGUGAGGGGAGUCGUUAUCCGGUAAGCAAAGGAGGGACAGCAAAAGGCACAGUUAAUAAUACAUAAUUCGAGGGGCGAAGAUUGGGCCCUACUUCCCUAUGCGGCGAGGUACCCAGAGCAGUGCCCCUCACAGUUCGCAUCGCAGCUCCCUCCCUGCGUGCACCGUCCUGUGUAGCGUUGCAUGCCCCGCCGCGCUAACGGCCAACCUCGCCGCUUCAACCGCUAUCUCCGCUGCUCUAACCGCUCAGCCACAAAGAUGGGGAAGGGCGCCGUGCACCCAAACGGCUCGAACUUCUGCAGGGCGCUAAAGUACAACAUCGUGGACAAGAUGAGGACGCUGGUGGAGACCAACCUGUACGACCGCCCCCGCUGGCUGGAAUGGGCAGAGAGAGCCCCCCCAAUAGAAAUACACAACAUCAGCCUAAAGUCAAGGUACAACAAUAACAAGUAUAUAGACUUGGUGAAAUUCCUGCUGAAAAAAUAUCCCCAUCUGCGAUUCCAAGACUGCUAUGUGGAGGGAAAUAACAAUGUGAAGGGCUACGACUUUUUCAGGAACGACCAUAUCAUCACGCAGAUGGCUACCCACCAGCUGUACUAUAUGAAUAGAGGGUAUGGGAAAAAGGAAGCCCUUGAAAGAGUGGAAAAAGAAUUCUACAACAGAAGAAUGGAGCUGGAAAAAAAGCAAAAAAUAAAUAUGUGCCUAUCGAUUGAUAAAAAAAUCAAGCCGCUUUACACCAAUGGUUACGCCUAUCUGUAUGAAAAAAUGGUAGACAAUGAGAAGGCCCACCUGGGUCUUAUCCUCAAGAGGCUACGCACUAUGAGAGAAAAGCUGGAGAGGGAGCAGCGACAGGCGGGUGCCCACCCCCACACGGAUGGUAGCGGCAAGGAUGAGUCAAAUGAGGAGAACGCUAAAAGGGGUUAA